AUGGCUAUCGACGUCGAAGAGCUCGUCAUCCAACCCUUCCACGAGGUAGUGGAGCGGGGUAAAGAUGCUGUUGCGAAUGCUGAGGCGGCCGCCGACGACGCUGACGAGAACGAUCCCAAAGCUUCCAGCGGCCGGGAUGCGAGAGAAAUGCUCAAAGCCGCGCGGGCACUGGUGAGGGAGGGCGAACGAGCUCUGCAGAGGCUACUACCACUGUGGAAGGCCCAAGUUGACAAGUACGGAGACGCAUUUACGGAGGCGAUGCGACAGAACGAACAGAUCGUCGAUAGCCAGAGACGGUUAGAGGAUCUGCUCUACGACCUCGAUGAUUUCGUCGAGUUAGAUUCGUUCGACGCGGAGCGGUUCUCCGACGUCCAGGCGGCCUCGAAGUCGUUUGCUCUCGCUCUCAUGGAGACCAUUAAGCGAUUACAUCUCGAAGAGAGUGCGCCCGCUGCCCCAACGCCUCCUGACCCGCCAUCAUCUCAGGCUCCGGACGGCAAAGGCCGCGAGAAAACAAGAGCCAGUUCCCCAAUAGGGACAAACGAACCUACCGAUACUGGUACCAUCACCCCCGCCAGACGGCCUUCUAGUCCUGACAUUCUAGGGGCAGAGCGCGAGUGCGUAAGCCUCGUACCCACGCCCACCAGCCCGGCGUUCCUCGCCUCAACGUCGCGAAUAGACGCAUGGGUCAAUGAGCAGACGACCGCGUCUAUGCUGCGGCCCCUCAACGAUUCGAUCUCCAAGAACGAGUACUUUGUAACCCAUCCCAGCAUCUCGAACAACCUCGACACGGUUACCAUGCGCAGCCCGGAUACCCCGAAGCCGCUUAACGUUCCCUAUAGUCCGGACGGCUUACAGAACCGGGCGUCUUGGUACACUAAUACCGGCAGUUAUACCUCGGGCCCUAGGUCGAUUAGCAAUAUCCCCACGAGCGAGCAGAGGACGAGGUCACUCUCCCGACCUGUGCCGAACUCGCCCGAGAAUGACGGGCCGAGAGAGCCCGAUCUACAACCACUCUUGGUCCCGCGCAGCCUCUACGAGGACGGGCUAAUAUUGACCAACGAGCUCUCUGCGCGAGGAUCAAUUGCGUUUUCUGGUUACCAAAUCGGGUUGGAUAGCAGCCUGUACCUACAGAAGGGCUUGUGUUCUGGCGCGCAAACGUUUCGCGUCAAGGGACGUGCGAGCGCCACGAAGUCCGUCAUGGAAUAUGGGACGAGGCAGAGUGUGGCCCGGUGCACCGACUGCGAAUUUGCGCAGAGCCUGAUCGAGGUGGAACUUGAUGACGGGCAGGACUCAAGCGGGAAUUUCUGCAAAGCCGGCGUCUUAUACCGUCUCCGUUUCUUGUACAAGUCCCAUAUAGUUUCGACCUCGGCGUUCAUGAUGCAGUUCGGCUGCCUAUUCUGCGCGCAGAAGGGCCAAACGGUCUACGCGGACGAUGCGACCGUCUUUUCAACGCAGGAUCAGCUAUUCACGCACCUAUCACGACAUCCGCAGCCAUUACCAGAGAUCCCCGGCGUCGUAGUCUUAUAUAGUCAGGACGCCCAGGUCGAAGACUACGAUCUGCAUUUUCAAAAUCCCCCGGUCGCGAGCCAGCUUCCCGAUAUAGCGAGCCUAUCCAGGCUUCCGUCAGCCAUAGCCGUCAAGGGUCACGUCAAGCGGUACGGACGCGACGUGACGGAUCCGGAGGGGAACUCGGAUCAGGUUUUGCGGUUCUUAGAGGGCGGUCGCGUCGUAGGGAUCGAGUUUCCGGAGAAGUGGAAAGGCAAGUGGUGCGUUGGUUGGCACGAUGGGCAAUGGGGCACUUUUCCCUUGAAGCAUGUCAUCCUCGAAGGGCCAGCGCGCACCCCAGGAAUGGCAACGGCUGCAGAAGGAGUGUUCGUUACGACGCGCUGGAAAUGGGACGUUAAAGACUCGACGGUGGGGUGGAUAUCAUUCGAUAAGGACGAGACCUUGUCUAAUGUCAGCUGGAUCAACAUGGACGACUGGUGCUGGUUCGCCACGAAGAAGAACGGCAAAUCAGGCAUCUUCCCACGAUCCCACGUCAGGACUGAGUCGUUACGGGAGACUGCGAACUGGCAACGCGAAGCUGACGACGGGGAUUCCCUGAACAAGCCCAAGAAGCAGAGCUUUGGUUUGCCGACGAUCAAGAUGCGGAGGAUGACUAUGGGCAGUUCUGGGUCUUGA